CGGGCCGGGCGGAGCUGAGCAGAGUCCAGAUCUGAAACCAGCAACGGCAUCCUCUGCCGUCGUCCGUUUCGAAUCCAGCUGGGCAUAAAUCUCUCUCCCAUUUACCACCUCAGACCAGACCCAGAUCGCAAUCUCAGGACUCCUCCCCCCAUCUGGAGCCGCUUUCUCCUCGCGAGUCAAACCUUUCUCUCCUCCCAGAUCGGGGAGAUGGAGCCGGCUACCAUGGCCUGGACGCUGGCGGCGGCGGGUUUCGCGCUGGUGUACUGGUUCGUGUGGGUGAUGGGCGCCGCGGAAGUGCAGGGGAAGCGCGCCGUCGACCUCCAGAUGGGAUCCAUCGCCGACGACAAGGUCGGGGACAGGUAUUCCCAGUACUGGUCCUUCUUCCGCAGCCCCAAGGAGACGGCCGCCGCGGCCACCGCCGACAAGGUGCCGGCCUUCGUCGACACCUUCUACAACCUCGUCACCGACAUCUACGAGUGGGGCUGGGGCCAGUCGUUCCACUUCUCGCCCUCUCUGCCCGGCCGGUCGCACCGGGAGGCGACGCGGGUGCACGAGGAGCGCGUCGCCGACCUGCUCGAGGCGCGCCCCGGGAAGCGGCUGCUCGACGUCGGCUGCGGCGUCGGCGGGCCCAUGCGCGCCAUCGCGGCGCACUCCGGCUCCGACGUCGUCGGGAUCACCAUCAACGAGUACCAGGUCAACCGCGCCCGCUCGCACAACCGCAAGGCCGGCCUGGACGCGCAAUGCGAGGUGGUGUGCGGCAACUUCAUGGCCAUGCCGUUCCCGGACGCGUCCUUCGACGGCGCCUACUCCAUCGAGGCCACCUGCCACGCGCCCAGGCUGCAGGACGUCUACGGCGAGGUGUUCCGCGUGCUCAAGCCAGGGGGCCUCUACGUCUCCUACGAGUGGGUCACCACCCCGCUGUACCGCGCCGACGACCCGGAGCACGUCGAUGCCAUCCACGGCAUCGAGCGCGGCGACGCCCUCCCGGGCCUGCGCCGGCAGGACGAGAUCGCCGUCGUCGCUAAGGAGGUCGGCUUCGAUGUCGUCAAGGAGCUGGACCUGGCGCUGCCGCCGGCGCUCCCCUGGUGGACGCGGCUCAAGAUGGGGCGCCUCUCCUACUGGCGCAACUCGCUGGUGAUCCGUGCGCUCACCCUGCUGCGCGUGGCGCCCAAGGGCGUCUCCGAGGUGCACGAGAUGCUGUACGAGACGGCGCAUCACCUCACCCGCGGCGGCGAGACUGGCAUCUUCACCCCAAUGCACAUGGUGCUGCUCCGCAAGCCGGCCACCGCCGCUGAAUAGACAGUAGCAUCACAUGCGCAAGAAUGCAGCAGCGAGUCCUAGCUCUUGCCGCGGGCAGCUAGGAGCGGAAUCAGACGAGGAAAAGCAGCUCUUGGUUUUGAUCUUAGCAUGGAUGAAUUCUUCUGUUCUUCGACAUUCUUCUUGUUCUUAGACUGAGACUGGUUAAUUAGUUCCGGGGAGCUCGGUAUCACCCGAAGUCCCCACUUUAUAUUUUCCCUGUUUAUUAAUAUGUGGAAGAAUCGAUCUGUUUAUCUUGAAGCAAACAUUGGAUUGGAGGACUCGUCGUCUGCUCCAUUCUGGCUUUGCUGCGA